GAGCAUCACUCGAACGAACGAAAUCAAACAAUCAAAAACAUGGCGGUGACUGCUCAAUGAGUAGUAAACACUAUUGCAUUUUUAUGAUUGAGUUGUAUCAUCUUCAUAUUCUAGAUUUAAUAUGUCCAAAGUGUAUAGAAUCAUUAUAAAAUCUAAUACGUAACACAUGAGUAAUCAUUUCAUCACAUUAUGAGGUAACAUCGGAAAGAAGAAUGUUUAAGCAACAAUUAUCUCCCCGCACAGUACACCCUUACCAGACAACGGUGGUGUCUAGGAGCGAACAACAAUUUGCAUCGGCUGCUCAACAAAGGGCGAAGUAUCCGUGGGCGGAGGAUAUCAAUCCUCCAGUCUAUCAAGUUGCAGGGACCGAUAGUUCUACAUCGGACAAUGCUUACCAUUUGCCUCACUAUUAUAAUGGUACUGCGCGAGAAUAUGGACCACCAUCACCAGUAUAUCAGGCGCCCUAUGGUGGAGGAACGUGGCGCAGCUACAAGAAAGUAGAGAAAAUUCCAACACACCUGCCAUCUACAGAAACUUACUCGUUUCCACAGUGUGCCUCUGCUUUUUCACUACCUCUAUGUGACGUGGAGCCUCAUACACAGGGUGUGAACAGAUCCCCUGUACCUCCUGUACCUUCCAUUAGUCCAGAAGUUCCCAUUAUAGGAGCUUGUGGAGGUCAUUGCCCUGGAUUUGAAUAUGUUUGCUAUUAUAUUUUACAGGUUAUCUUUGUAGUUGGUAUACUGACUGGAAUAUCUCUUUGUAUUGCUGGAAUUGUAUUAAGGCGAACAAACCGCAACGGAGAUCUUGGUGUAUUAGUGUAUAUAGGAUGCUUAUCUUCUUGUGUGUGCGGCGUUUUACUUGGCGUGCAAUGCUGCGUUCGCCGUGAAAUUAGACAAAGGAAACUGCGUGCCAAUAUGCAUAUACCAAUGCAAUCAAUUCAGGAACCGCCUGCCCAAGCUUGCCUUUUGUCGACAUCCACAUUACCUCAUAGUCGAGUAUACAGACCCACAGUAAAUAUAUGCACAGAAGAUGUGACCGGAGUUCCUUGGUGGCGUCGAAAUAACAGAGACUGACUAGUUUUAAGUUCAUGUACACUUGUGUAUUUAAAUAUUAUAAUUUUGUUUGCGUAAGGAUAUACAAAUAAUACCAUGAUCUUAUUAUUUUUACAAUAAAUAUUAAUUAAUGUA